CUCACUCCGGCCCGCUACCUUCCUUCGCAGCCAUGUCCUACCCAGUGACCAGCCAGCCCCAGUGUGCCAGCAGCUGCUACCAGACCCAGCUCAGUGACUGGCACACCGGACUCACAGACUGCUGCAACGACAUGCCUGUCUGUCUGUGCGGCACUUUCGCCCCUCUGUGCCUCGCCUGCCGCAUCUCGGACGACUUCGGGGAGUGCUGCUGCGCGCCCUACCUGCCCGGAGGCCUGCACUCCCUGCGCACCGGCAUGCGGGAGCGCUACCACAUCCAGGGCUCUGUCGGGCACGACUGGGCGGCCCUCACCUUUUGUUUGCCCUGCGCCCUCUGUCAGAUGGCGCGGGAAUUGAAGAUCCGGGAGUAAGGAAGCCCCCCAUCCCUCCUCCUUUUCCACCUGUCGCGCUGGGCCU